GUAAAAGUUGGAAAAGUCAGAGGAAAGAUGCCAUUUAAAACUACGCCAAACACCUCUGAAAGCACGACUUCGCACUUUUAGGGAUAACGAUAAUAUCGAAAGAGGUCAAGAACUGACGCCGGAAAUCGAGAGAGCAAUCACACAAGGCUUCUAUAAUUGUAUUGUCGGAGAGAUAUCCGAAUUCCAGAUGUUGCCUUGACGAGCUUCUGCUGAUCCUUGAGCAGAGGCGGAGCUUUAAUCAUUUCGUUUUACCGAUUUUUUACCAUGUCAAUCCAUGUCAGGAACCACAGACGAAAUUUUGAGAUAGAAGUUGACAAAGGGUCAAAAUGGACAGUCAAUCGAUGGAAGGCAGCCCUUACAGAGGUUGCUGAUUUGACCGGAAUGAUUGCUUCUAGGUCUGAAGUAGACUUUAUCGCAAAAAUUGUUGAUACAGUUAAAUGUAAACAAGAUAUGAAGCUAGUUUGUACUCCAGCUCGUCUAAUAGGAAUGCAUUCUCGAGCUAGAUUUAUCAACUCUUGGUUGGAAAAUGAGCAAUUUGGUGAUAAUGUUCUAACAAUUUGUGGCAUGGGAGGUAUUGGAAAGAUUGACACUGGCCCAAUUCAUUUACAGCUCAAACAAGCAAAAAUUUGGAAGUAG